AUGGGGAUGGCGGAUGCUAUUUGUGAGGAGGCUGACAGUGAUGAUUUGGACACCAACUGCUCUAAAGGUAAUGAGGCUACACGUUUGGUGGUUAGGUACGCUGCUGGUGAUGUAACUUCUGUUAUGCGUGGCGAUGAGGCUCGAAGAAUUGCUCUCGUUGUGGGUGGCAACGCCACUUCAAUUGUAGGUGCUGACAUCACUUGUGUCAAGUCUGAUGAGACAUGUGUUGUAGAUGGGGAUGGGGCGGGAGAUGCCAUCUGUGUAGCAGCUGCUGGUUCAAGUUGUGUUGUGGACGGCAAUACGGCUGGAGACUCCAGUUGUGUUGUGGCCUCCUUGGCCACUCCUGUUGUGGCUGGUGACGCGGCUGGUGCAACCACUUGUGGUGCAGCUGGUCGUUCAACUGGUGCUGUGGAUGGUGACGCAGGUGGAGACGCCUCUUCUCUUGUGGCUUCUGCUGGCUCUCCUCCUGUGUCCGGCAACGUGGCUGGCGACACCUGCAGUGUUGCAGUGGGCGACGUGGCUGGUGACGCCGCUGUUGUUGCUAAUGCUGGCUCCUGUGAGAAAAAGAUAUAA